GACACGUAACAAAACCCAGAAUUUAUAAAUAAUAAAAUUGUACUGGAUAACGAUAUCCCACCGGAGUUAUCUAUCUGGUUUUGAUGUUUAUACUAAUGUGAGUGGCUGCAGUUUUUUUUUAAACGAAUGUUUACCAAUUUCUAUGAAAUUCCAUACUUUAUCUAGUUCUGUAUAUAAAGACGAUCGUUGGAAACGAUCCUUCAGUUGUGCUUCUAUACAACGACGAUAAUUUUGUAGAAAAGCGGUAAAUAAAACCAUGAAAAUCACUCAUAUUUUCGCCCUAGUUGGGCUAGCGGUUUCCGCAAAAGCGGUGGAUUUUCACAUCACUAAUAGGGACGGGGGCCCCAUCUGGGUGGGAAUCCAGGGAAAUGCUGGCCAUCCACAUUUGAGAAAUGGCGGAUUCGUACUUAACCAAGGGGAGACGCAAACUGUCGGCGCACCGGACAACUGGGCGGGGCGAUUCUGGUCGAGGACUUGGUGCUUCCCCGACCAGAACAAUCACUGUUUUACCGGCGACUGUGGCAAUCGACUGGAAUGCGCUGGUGCGGGCGGCCAACCGCCAGCGACCCUCAUAGAAAUCGCUCUUAAAGUUUACGCCGGAUUGGACUAUUACGACGUCUCGUUGGUCGAUGGGUACAACUCCAGGGCAUCGAUUGAGCCCAUCGGUGGGCAAGGCGACGGCAGCCAAUAUAGCUGCAGGAAAGCGCAGUGCGGCUCAGACAUCAACUCCAAGUGCCCCGGGGAGCUUCAAGUCCACUACUCCGGUCAGGUUAUCGGCUGCAAAUCGGCCUGCGUCGCGUUCGGUGGCGACCAAUAUUGUUGUUCGGGUGCCCACAACACUCCCGAAACGUGCAGGAGUUCCGACUGGCCGCAGAACUACCCGGCGUUCUUCAAACGCGAAUGUCCCGACGCCUACAGCUACGCUUACGACGAUAAUAAGAGUACCUUUACCUGCAAGGCCGGCGCAUACAACAUCGCGUUCGGAAACGUUUAAACGUGUUUUUUUCUUCUGUUAUAAAUUUCCACGGUAAGGCUUGAAAAAUAGAUUGCCGGAUAAAUAAA